CUUUUAUAAAACAAAAAUUACGAUAAAAAAGGGGAAAAUGCUCUUCUUAUCCUUUUAUCCACAAAACCAAACCGAAACUCGUGUCUUAUCUUUUAAUUACAGCUUUGUUCCAGAAAGUCAGAAACCGUUUGUCUCUCUCCCUCCAUCUCUCUCUAGAUGGCUCGUUCCCUCUCCUUUUCACUUUCUCUCUCUAAAAACCGUCUCACCGCAGCUGCAGCCUCCCUCCUCCCUUCACCACACCUCUUAUCCUUCCGAUCUCAAUCCUCCGACCGCCGCGGCGAUCUGUACGAAUUCGACAUCGCCGCGUCUCAAUCUCCAUCUGAUCCCUUAAUUCAGAAGCUAGAAGACGCCGUUCACCGUAUAGUCGUCCGCCGAUCGGCACCCGAUUGGCUGCCGUUUGUUCCCGGUGCGUCGUACUGGGUCCCGCCUCCUGGAUCUGGAUCUCAGACUCACGGGAUCGCGCAGCUCGUUGCUAAGCUGGCUAAUCCGUUAAACGACGAAGAAUCUCUCUCCACCAAUUCGUCUCGCGGAUGGCCUUCCUCUGAUUAUUUCCUUAAAGGUGUGCAGCCUCUAUUGAUGGAGACUAAGACCGAGACGACUUCAAAUACAGAGUCUCACUCCGAGGAUGAGGAAGGGUAAAGAGAAUGCUACUUUGAAGAAUCAACUGGCGCGUUUGGAAGAAAUAAUGAAGCGAUCAGGAUCUAUUGGAUCUGUAGAUUGUUAUGAACACGAGCCGGGAUGAUUCUGAUGACGACUGAACCAAGUCAAGUGCAAAGACUCGCCAUAUAGACUGCUUUACUAAUCCUGAAAUGUAAAAAAAGAAGAAGAAUAAGAGUAGUUAGUUGUAGCCAUUUUACCUCUGUUUAAUGUAAUCUUCUCCUUUUUUAGAAAGCUGUUGUAUAUAUUUCUGUUUCAUUGCUCUUUCAGUUAUGUAACGAGUUUAUGAUAAACUCGAAUGAAUUAAAGGGGAAAAAAAUUGAGCUUUCACUUUUAAA